GUGUAAUAAAUAAUUAGAUUAGAGCUACAUAUUACAGUCUUCCUAUCGUUGUUCAAUAGUUUGCGUGACAUUUUUGGUGGCAUUCCAAUGAAUUUGGUAAAAAAAAAAAGAAAGACGAUUAGUGAAAUUACAUGUAGGUAGGCCUAGUUCUGUGUAUAUAUAGGCACUCGUAGAAUACUCUUGGUACGUAUUUUUUUAUUUUAGACUAAUAAAAUAUUGAUUUAUACCUAAUUAAUUCAACAAAGAAUAAAUAUUCAUAGGUAUUUCAACGUACCAUAACUACUUAACUAGGUUCAUAUUUAAUUUCUAAUUUAGAAACAUUCUUAUUAAACUUUGCAUAUCUUAUCUCAAUUGCAUCAUUACAUCGUAUCGUGCUGAUGGUUUUAUGCACAAUGAUCCGUUUCUAAAUAUUCCUAAGACACAUUCAUAGGGGCCUGCAGACGUUUCCGAGUUUGCUCUUUGGCAUAUCGUUACGCACAAAAGUUACAAUUUCCAUACGUUUUGCGCAUAAAAAUCACGUCAGUUUAGUUGGGCAAAAUGCGACCAUCCGGAGAGAUAUUUUUAUACACGCUUCUUCAGUUCUUGAUUAUUUUCAACGGCGAUCGUUUAUCAGACGGGGCAAAAAUAUUGGUACAUUUGCCCACGAAAGGUCGCAGCCAUUUUAAGCCUUUCGAGCCUUUGUUUGUCGCGCUGGCCCGUCGAGGACACAAUGUCACCGUGGUUAGCUAUUUUCCUCCAGAUCAUCUCGUUGCCAAUUAUCAUCACUUACAAGUCGGGCCGGAUUUUGAAAUGAAGAAUAUGCCCGCGGAUACCCUCAAAAAACAAACUCGCCUCGAGAAUUACGUUUACUUGCACUCGAUCGUGCAAAAUUUCAGCAUAGAUAUGGCCAACGAACCGCAUACGCGCAAUUUACUACGAGAAAAUAACGGCGAAAAAUUCGAUUUGAUCAUGGCCGAGGUUUAUCAUUUCGAUACAUUUUUCGCCCUCGGUGCUCGAUUCAAUGCUCCCAUCAUCGGUAUAAGCUUUCAACCGCUGCAACCUGUUUAUAAUUGGAUCUUGAAGAAUCCUUGGAGCUUUUCGCACGUUCCUCAUUUAUAUUUACCGUACUCCGAUCGUAUGAAUUUUAUGCAACGUUUCAUCAACACCGUAUUCGGAUGCUUUACCAUUUUAUAUUACAAUAUUGUCUCAUUGUCGAUGUACCAGAAUCAAAUUGAAUUGCUGAUGAAGUCGGCUACAAGCGACGAUGAACGCAUUGGAAUAUUACCUAUGCCCAAUAUUGAGCAAGUUACCAAAAACUUGUCGCUGAUAUUGGUCGAAUCUCAUUUUUCUGCUGGCUACGUUCGGCCGUAUUUACCAAACGUGGUUGAGGUUGCUGGGAUUCAUAUUCCUUCGGAGAAAAAUUUACCCAAGGACAUUGAAGAUUUCAUCGUUGAGGCAGAUGGAUUCGUGUUCAUUAGUUUAGGUACAUUGAUAGAUCCGAAAUCAAUAAGCCAUCUCAGUGCUAAAUUUAUUCAGAUUUUGGAAAAACUACCAUACCGAAUACUAUGGAAGUGGGAUCCUACACUAUUAUCCAAGACGCCGGACAAUUUUCUGGUCAAACAAUGGCUACCUCAAGCUGACUUAUUGAGACAUCCGAAAUGUAAACUUUUCAUCAGUCAUGGAGGCUACCACAGCAUAGUGGAGACUAUAAACGGAGGUGUUCCUAUUUUAUGCUUACCAUUUUUCACAGAUCAGUAUCAUAAUGCUAAAAUAAUCGAAGAGCUAGGAAUAGGCAUACAAUCAAAUGCGGAAUCCAGUUUGGAAGAUCUCAUCGCCAAUAUCAAUCAGUUAUUGACGGAGCCAAAGUAUCGUGAAAAAGCCAAAGAGCAAUCAAUAAUAUUCAAAGAUCGUCCCAUCCAGCCUUUAGAUUUAGCUGUUUAUUGGACUGAGUACGUAAUUCGACACAGAGGAGCUCCUCACUUAAAAUCUGCAGCAAAGGAGCUUCACUGGUAUCAGUAUUUAUUACUUGACGUGAUCCUAUCCGUAUUAAUUUCUAUUGUUUUAGUGUACUAUUUUCUGAAAAAAAUUAUAAGAUUUUCUUGUAAAUUAAUCUUCUCGUUAUUCGAGACCAAAAAAAUAAAAGAGCAUUGAUAAAACCA